AUGAAGAAAGAUUCUACAAAUUUGAGUGUGCGGCUUCCUGCACUUGUAUUUGCCCUGGAAGUCCUGAUUGUGGUCUUAUAUGCUCUCUUUGUGACUUAUGAUGAUCACACCAAUGCAGGACUACAGAACAAUAUGACAAAUCCAAGAGACAAUGCUGUAUACCAAGACUAUACCUUUUUUGCUGACAUCCAGGUGAUGAUCUUCAUUGGAUUUGGCUGCCUUCUAGCCUUCUUUAGGUACUUUGGAUUUGGAGGAAUGGUUUUUAACUUCCUGACUGCUACAUUUUCUAUUCAGUGGGCCAUUUUGGUACAGGGAUUUUUCCAUUUCUACUAUGAUGGGAAGAUUCAUCUGGGAAUGAUAAACCUAAUCAAUGCAGAGAUUGCUUGUGCUGCUGUACUGAUAUCAUUUGGGGCAGUGCUGGGGAAGACCAGUCCUGUGCAGCUAUUAAUCAUGGCCUUGUUGGAGAUUCCAGUCUUUGGUGUUGCAGAAUGGAUAGUCGUCACAUAUCUGAAGAUCAAUGAUGCUGGAGGCUCCAUACUCAUCCAUCUGUUUGCCUGCUACUUUGGUCUGGGUGUCACCUUCAUCUUGUAUAGACCAGAUCUGAAUAAUGGCCAUCCCAAGGAGGUUACCAGCUAUCAUUCUGACUUGCUUUCUGUGCUAGGUACCCUGUUCCUUUGGGUAUUCUGGCCCUCUUUUAAUUGUGUCUUGACCCUGAGGGGGGAUGACCAGCAUCGUGCCAUUCUUCAUACAUUCAUAGGGCUGAGUGCCUCCACACUAACUGCCUUUGCCCUCUCUGCCAUGCUCAACAAAAAUGGCAAGCUCAGCAUGGCUGAUGUGCAGAAUGUAACCCUAGCUGGUGGGGUCACCGUUGGUGCCUCAGUUGACAUGAUGAUCUCACCUGUUGCCGCUUAUGUGCUAGGGAUGCUGGGUGGCACGGCUUGCAUGCUAGGCUAUAAGUACCUUAGCCCUUUCCUGGCAAAAAGAUUGCGUGUGCAGGACCAGUGUGGCAUCCAUAACCUCCAUGGCUUAACUGGGCUUAUCUCAUCUCUAGCUGCUAUUUGUGCCAUUCUCUUGGCCAGUGAAGAAGUAUAUGGCCCCAGCCUCUACCAGACCUUUUCACAUCGUGCACCCCCGGUUGGAGACCCUCGGUUGGGGGAACUGCAGAAACUGAUCCCAGAAUUGAAGCCAGGUCUGGGACGCACUGCACAAGAGCAAGCCCUGUACCAAGUGGCUGCACUGGGAAGCACUAUUGCGAUAGCCAUAGUGGGGGGCCUGCUGACAGGACUGGUGCUCAGGCUGCCAUAUCUGGCCUCCCCAAAUGAUGUGUUCUGCUUUGAUGAUGAGCCUUUCUUUAACAUUCCUCCAGACUCUGAAUAUAUAACUGGGACUGAGAAAGAUAUAUCACUAAGCCAAGCAACUUAG